AUGAGUCCGUUGAACCGAAUCAACCGCAUCGCCUCGCACAUCUGCCCACCCGCCUCGACCAGCGAUGGCGCCCUCAGCAUGAACGUCACGCGCGCCAAGGGCGGCAGCGGCGGAUUCAAGGUCGCCGUGCUGGGCGCAGCGGGCGGCAUCGGGCAGCCGUUGUCGCUGCUGCUUAAAAUGAAUCCGCUUGUAUCUGUGCUGCACCUGUACGACGUGUUUAACACGCCCGGCGUCACGGCGGAUCUCAGCCACACCAGCACCUCCGCCGUCGUGCGCGGGUUCCUGGGCAAGGACCAGCUGGGCGCAGCUCUCGACGGCAUGGACCUGGUGAUCAUCCCCGCGGGCGUGCCGCGCAAGCCGGGCAUGACGCGCGACGACCUGUUCAAGAUCAACGCCGGCAUCGUCAAGACGCUCUGCGAAGGAAUCGCGAAGCACUGCCCGCGCGCCGUCGUGAACAUCAUCAGCAACCCGGUGAACUCGACGGUCGCGAUCGCCGCGGAGGUGUUCCGGCGCGCGGGGACGUACGAUCCGCGCAAGCUGAUGGGCGUCACGACGCUCGACGUGGUCCGCGCCAACACCUUCGUGGCGGAGGUGCUGGGGUUGAAUCCCGAGGACGUGAACGUGCCCGUGGUGGGCGGCCACGCAGGCAUCACCAUCCUGCCGCUGCUCUCGCAGGUGACACCAGCGGUGAGCUUCAGCCAGGAGGAGUUGGACCAGCUGACCAACAGAAUCCAAAACGGAGGCACGGAGGUCGUCGAGGCCAAAGCCGGCGCUGGUUCCGCCACCCUAUCCAUGGCGUACGCAGCGGCCAAGUUCGCCCAGGCGUGUCUACAGGCCAUGCGGGGAGAGGCUGGCAUUGUGGAGUGCGCCUUUGUCCAAUCCACGGUGACGGAGCUGCCCUUCUUUGCCUCGCGAGUGGUGCUGGGACGGCAAGGAGUGGAGGAGGUGCUAGGGCUAGGGCCCAUGACUCAGUAUGAGCGGGUGUGGUUGGACAAGUUGAAGCCGGAGCUCAAGGCAAGCAUUGACAAGGCCAUUCCUCACGUGCCCGCAGUGUCCGUCUGUCAUCCUCAAUUCGCGCGGCGCGUCCUCCUCCCAACCCCUUCAUUUUUCCCCGCGCCGUUUCCCCCUCGCCCGCGCGCAAUGACCGGCGCCGAUCCCGCCGCCGCAGCGCCUGCGCCCGCGGAGGCGAGCGCGGCCAGCGCAGGCGGGGAGAAUGCGGAGCAGCAGAGCGGGGGGGUGGUGGAGGCGGAGCAGGUGGUGACGCCGUGGGAGGUGUCAUCCGGGGGCGGUAUCGACUACAAUAAACUUAUCGAGCAGUUCGGCUGCCAGCGUCUCGAACCCCCGCUUGUAUCGCGUAUGGAGCGGCUCACCGGCGUGCGCGCGCACCCGUUCCUCCGCCGCGGCAUCUUCUUCGCGCACCGCGACUUCGACAAGAUACUAGACGCGGUGGAGAAGGGCGAGCGGUUCUACCUGUACACGGGGCGAGGCCCCUCGUCCGAGGCGCUGCACCUGGGGCACCUCAUCCCCUUCAUGUUCACCAAUCAUGUCGCUGGUAACAGCUUAGAGUGCCCCUGGAACAAGCAUCUCAUCCCCUUCAUGUUCACCAAGUGGCUACAAGAGGCCUUCAAGGUCCCUCUGGUGAUUCAGUUGACCGACGACGAGAAGUAUCUGUGGAAGAGCAUGAGUGUGGAGGAGGCACGGCGGCUGGCGAGGGAGAAUGCCAAGGAUAUCAUUGCGUGUGGCUUUGAUGUGUCACGGACCUUCAUCUUCUGUGACUUUGACUAUGUGGGGGGGGACUUUUAUCAAAACAUUGUGAAGAUCGCACGAUGUGCACGGGGCAUCUUUGGAUUCGACGGUGAGGAUUGCAUCGGCAAAGUGGGCUUCCCACCCGUUCAGGCUGCCCCAGCGUGCCCCUCGUCCUUCCCCCACCUGUUUGGCCGCAAGAACGAAGUGCGAUGCCUCAUCCCCCACGCCAUCGACCAGGACCCUUAUUUCCGCAUGACACGUGACUGUGCGCCGCGCCUGGGCUUCCACAAGCCAGCGCUCAUCGAGUCGCGCUUCUUCCCCGCCCUGCAGGGCGAGAGUGGCAAGAUGAGCGCCAGUGACCCCAACUCUGCUGUCUUUGUCACGGACUCGCCCAAGGAGAUCAAAAACAAGAUCAACCGGUAUGCCUUCUCAGGAGGCGGAGCGACCAUCGAGGAGCAUCGGGCCAAGGGGGCCAACCUCGAGGUCGAUGUCCCAGUGAAGUACCUUUCCUUCUUCCUCGGCGACGACAAUGAGCUGGAGCACAUCAAAACUGAGUACGGCGCAGGGCGCAUGCUGACAGGGGAGGUGAAGGGGCGGCUGGUGGAGGUGUUAACUGCCAUGGUGGAGCGCCACCAGAAGGCACGCGCUCUCGUCACUGAUGAGAUGGUGGAUGCAUUUAUGGCAGUGCGGCCCAUGCCACACAUGUUCAGCUAG